AUGCUAAGAUACGUGGUUGUUAUCUCAUUGAUCGGUUUUGUCUUUUCCGCCCCAGCGGGACAAGAAUCCGGUCCAAAAUCCCUUCUGGAGGAUGCCGUUGACGUGUACGCGUCCUGUGCCUCCGAGCCAGACGUAUCAGUUUGUCUAAAAUUGAAAGCAUUGAGAUUCGUUGACCGGGUCGCGAGAUCCGCGGACAUCAGUAUCGUAGAUGGGCUUAAAAUCGUUCAGACCGAGGAGGCCAAGAGAAGUCGUGCUGACAAUGCAAGGUCGUUGAAUGACAUCGAAGCUAGUUUGCCAACUGAAAUGGAAGCUCGUGAAGCUGCCGUCGAUGAGGCUCUUGUUGACAGGGCAGGAAAAUUCCUGUCAACUCACACCGUAGAGCUCAGUUUGCCCGAAGAAGUUUCACGGUCAUUCGACGAAGCCCGAGGUAAGAAGAAGAAGCUCGCAAAAACCUUAAUGCCACUUCUGCUUCUCUUGAAAAUGAAAUUCGCGAUUUUGAUGCCAAUCGUAUUGGGAGCUUUGGCUCUUCUGGCAUUCAAAGCCCUGGUGAUCGGCAAGAUCGCCCUGAUAAUAUCGGCUAUUUUGGGUCUGCAAAAGCUUUGGGCAAACAAGAACCACCAGAGCUACGAGGUUGUCGCUCACCCGGCCCACCACGAGGAACACCACGGCUGGGGCAGAUCGGCAACUGGAGCCGAGCUUGCCUACAACGCCUACAAGCCAACUAAUUAA